GGUCACACCUACGACGCUCUCAGUCACCCAACUAUAUAUAAUAAGGGUCACACCUACAACGCUCUCAGUCACCCAACUAAUUAUAACAAGGGUUACACCUACAACGCUCUCAGUCACCCAACUAAGUAUAACAAGGGUCACACCUACAACGCUCUCAGUCACCCAACUAAAUAUAAUAAGGGUCAUACCGACAACGCUCUCAGUCACCCAACUAAUUAUAACAAGGGUCACACCUACAACGCUCUCAGACACCUAACUAAGUAUAAUAAGGGUCACAUCAACAACGCUCUCAGUCAACCAACUAAGUAUAAUAAGGGUUACACCCACAACGCUCUCAGUCACCCAACUAAAUAUAAUAAGGGUUACACCUACAACGCUCUCAGUCACCCAACUAAGUAUAACAAGGGCCACACCUACAACGCUCUCAGUCACCCAACUAAGUAUAAUAAGGGUUACACCUACAACGCUCUCAGUCACCCAACUAAGUAUAACAAGAGUCACACCUACAACGCUCUCAGUCACCCAACUAAGUAUAAUACGGGUUACACCUACAACGCUCUCAGUCACCCAACUAAAUAUAAUAAGGGUUACACCUACAACGCUCUCAGUCACCCAACUAAGUAUAACAAGGGUCACACCCACAACGCUCUCAGUCACCCAACUAAAUAUAAUAAGGGUUACACCUACAACGCUCUCAGUCACCCAACUAAGUAUAACAAGGGCCACACCUACAACGCUCUCAGUCACCCAACUAAAUAUAAUAAGGGUUACACCUACAACGCUCUCAGUCACCCAACUAAGUAUAAUAAGGGUUACACCUACAACGCUCUCAGUCUCCCAACUAAGUAUAAUAAAGGGUUACACUACAACGCUCUCAGUCACCCAACUAAAUAUAAUAAGGGUUACACCCACAACGCUCUCAGUCGCCCAACUAAGUAUAAUAAGGGUUACACCCACAACGCUCUCAGUCACCCAACUAAACAUAAUAAGGGUUACACCUACAACGCUCUCAGUCACCCAACUAAGUAUAAUAAGGGUUACACCUACAACGCUCUCAGUCACCCAACUAAAUAUAACAAGGGUCACACCUACAACGCUCUCAGUCACCCAACUAAGUAUAAUAAGGGUUACACCUACAACGCUCUCAGUCACCCAACUAAAUAUAAUAAGGGUUACACCUACAACGCUCUCAGUCACCCAACUAAGUACAACAAGGGCCACACCUACAACGCUCUCAGUCACCCAACUAAGUAUAAUAAGGGUUACACCUACAACGCUCACAGUCACCCAACUAAAUAUAACAAGGGCCACACCUACAACGCUCUCAGUCACCCAACUAAGUAUAAUAAGGGUUACACCUACAACGCUCUCAGUCACCCAACUAAGUAUAAUAAGGGUUACACCUACAACGCUCUCAGUCACCCAACUAAAUAUAAUAAGGGUUACACCCACAACGCUCUCAGUCACCCAACUAAAUAUAAUAUAGGUUACACCUACAACGCUCUCAGUCACCCAACUAAGUAUAACAAGGGCCACACCUACAACGAUCUCAGUCACCCAACCAAAUAUAACAAGGGUCACACCUACAACGCUCUCAGUCACCCAACUAA